AUGCAAAAAUGGGAAUCCUGCUGUAAAAACUUCAGUGAAGCCUGGAGAAAUGCAGAGCAACACACCAGAAAGCCUCAACACAAGCACCUGGAGAAAGAUCAUUCUGCUGCUUUAUAUAUGUACACAAAAUCUAUGUUGCAAUCUGUAAACCUCAACUUCAAGUCUGCAAAUAGAACUGGGAAACCAAAGGAGACAUUUGAGUCACGCUCACUUUAUUCUUUUCUAACUGAAGGCAUUCAGAUUUUAAAACACAGCCAGGUGACAUGUGUUAGUACACAUUUUCAAGCAGAGACACUUUUACAUCUGAACAUCUCUAACAAACAGGUUCGGUUUAGCACCUUCAUGUUAGGCUCUGAUGAGUGGGACUUUGCAAGGAACAUCUCAUGUUUUGAGGUGCAAACGUGCUUUGGCGCUGACAUAACAUAUUACUCUGCCCUGAAAAAAAAUAAUCAGGUCCUAAUUCCCCCAUAUGAGAUUUUCAAAGUCACUGACAUCCAGACAGAAACAAAGGAAUUGCAAAUCUUAUAG